AUGGGGAGCGACACUCUCUCGUCCCAAGACUCGGAGGAGCGCAUCCAGGAGAAACGGCGUCGCAACAAGAUGGCUUCGCGGAGGUUACGCCAGCGACACGUCGAGCACGUCUCUGACCUGGAGUCACGGCUGGGUCAAGUGACUCGCGAGCGCGAUGAUCUACGGCUGCAGGUUGCCAAAUGGGAAGCGGAAGUCAUGGUGCUGAGAAAGCUCGUCGGACAAUAG